AUGCAGCAAUAUGGCGCAUGCGUUCUCCGAAAUGCAGUGCCAUUGCACAGCCACACCAAGCUGAAGAACCCCAAAGACAAAGUCACAGAGGUUCUUGAAGGUAUCACUUUCAAAGGAAGGCCGUUGCUGGGCCCUUCGAAAUGCAUCAACUUGGACGUUGCUGGAGCAGCCAUUGGCUCGGCGUUGGCAAUGCCUUUGCUAGUCCCAGGCUCUUUCCUUGCUGGUGCUCUGCUGGGGCACUCCUCUGGAUAUAUUUUGUCCAUGUUCCAAUCCAUGAAGCAGCCAUCUGUCAGGGCUUUGCUUGAGACUGGGUGCUCCAGGAUAGCUCAGACCUCCUCCGUUGGCCAUCGAUUUGAUGCUGACGACUUAGCUAGCUGCUGGUCGCAGUCUGAAGCCUCAGAAGAACCCGGCCGGUCGUGUUUGUCACCAGAUCCAGUUGAUGCAACAAGUGGAUCCAAUUCAGCCUCCUCACAACCAUCAGGCCGGUCAUGGGGAUCAGCUUUGUCUUUGAUGCUGUUUGGUCCUUUGGCCAUGUCCAAGCGAUCAGACCCAAAGUCACUUGCAAAGCAAGAAGGCACUGAAGGCACCGAGAGGUCGAUUUGGAACAGUUGGUGUUUUCAUGACGCCGAGAAGCUCACCGAAGAAGGGGUUAUGCCGGAUGUGGCAGCGCUCAUGCAUGAAGUACAUACUGCUUCAUGGCAGACCCGGAGUGAAAGCAACGAAUUGCUAGACACUGAUGCUACCUGGCGUUUUCCAGACUUGGUCAUGAGCAUUGGAAUCCUUCGUUCUGCAGAGAAGUUGUGGCUUCCAAUCAUCAGGGAGCAUGUGAAGACAGUAUCUGGGCAGGCAGGCACCAAACCUGAGGAGGUUGUUGUCCUCAAGCGUGCUUUCUUGGUUUGGGCUGAUGCCAGCCACGAAGAAGAGAGUCCUUUGUGGCAGUCUUGGGCCUCAUGGCCGUGGGCAGGGCAGGCAGCAACAUCAGGUUUUUGCCAAAGCUCAAGCGAUGGAGUCACCGUUCUCGUGCCUUUGAUCGAUAUGAAGAACGGACACAGCACGCAGUUUGCAAGUGAUGGGAGCCGUACGAGCCCAGAACGGGGUGCUGAGCUUCAACUCCUCCUUGGCUCGCACAACGGUUCGGAGAGUCUCAAGACCGGGGAGGUUUUCCAGGUCAGUGUGCCGCUGCUGGCUGGGGACGCACUCAUGGUGGACAACCGUUUGAUCCAGGAUGACCAGAAGGGCUUGGAGGUGGCUGAAGCUGCGCUGGUGCAGUUCCGUGAGCAACACUACAAGCGUGGUGAGGCAAUUGCUUUGGACCAGAUUGCCUCAGUGCUGUAUAGCAUGAGAAGGCCCAUGGAGGCGCUGGAGCAUGCUAUCGAGGCAUUGGAUUUGAUCAAAUCCCUCGAGGUUAGUCUACGAGUCUACGAAGUCACCGUGGCUGUCAAGACUGCAGCAGGGCUCACACUGCAUUUCAUGGCCAGGCCAUUUGGAUUCUGGAGGACAUCGGUGACCGCAGUGGACAGGCUUUCAAUUCUGGUGCUCGCACAGAAGCAUGAAAGGAACCAGCUCAUGCUCCCGAAAGAAGAGCCACUGGACGUCCCUGAUUCCGGGCUGGCAUUGGUCACCCCGCCCCCACCGCCACCUGCGGCUGCUGCUGUGGCUCCCUCUGCCUCGAAUGCUUGGCCUGGCAGCUGUCCAAAGAGUGCGGCCUUAUUGUCAGGUGCCUUCGGUGGCUUUCCAUCAGCAACUCCUCCAGCAGUGGUCCCGACUGUGGUGCCACCUCCCACGUUGACACCACUUCCCACAACUGUGGCUCCGCCUCUGGUAUUGGCACCCGCCCCAGCCCAUUCACCUCCUCAACCCAUCAGCGCGCCUGCAGAGAAGACACCGCAAGAGGCUGAACUGGAGCAGCUGGCCAGCCUGGUCAACGCCUUGAGGAUAGAAAACACAGCUUUGAAGGAAGAACUCUUGGAGUGGAGGAAGGAUGGUGCCAAAAGUCGGGAGGCAGAGCAAGCUUUAGAGCAAGCUCGUAUUGCACAGCUGGAGGCGCAAGUCCAUGCAGCACAGCAGGCCGAGGAUUUGGUGCGGGACCAGCUCACAGACGUUGAGACGAAAACAUUGCGGCUGCAAAGUGAGAACGAACUUGUAAAGGGCAGGUUGCAAAGACAAGAAGCUGAGGCGAAGGCGGCGAAGACAGAAGUGGAGGCUCUGCAGAAACAGCUGUCAGAAGUGAAGACCCACAGAGAUCUCCUCAAGAAGGAGUUCGAGUCUUCCCGAAGCAAAACUUCACUUUUGCAAGAGGAGCUUGAGGCUUCAAUGAAGGAGCUUGGAGAUUGGAAGACAGAGCGCAUGACGAUCAAAAGGGAGGUGGAAGCUCUUAAGGCGGAGAAUGCAGCCUUGGAGGCAAAACAUGCAGAAGAGGAUUCGCAGCGCUGGAGCAAGAUAGAGAAGCUAUUUGCAAGGCAUCAAGCAGCCGUCAGGGUGCAUUCUUUAUCGCAAUUGACCGCCCUGGAGAAUUUCAAGAACCAGCUGAGGACUGCUUCAGCCAAUGAGGACAUAGAGGUUGAGAACAGCGAUGCUCUGACCCAGGUGCUCUCAGAUCCUCAGAUGACUCUGCUUUUGGAAAGCUUGGUGAGCUCCGCAUCCGAAAAAGCUUUGCAAAGGCUGGCGAGCUCCGCAAAUAACACAACUUUGCUGAAAUCGCUUGAGAACGUGCGGGAGAUAGCCAAGUCCAAGGGCUGGGUACCUGAGAAGGAUGGAGGCGGAGACGGCACCGCAACAGAAAUAAUUGAGGCAUCGGAGAAGGAAUCGGAGAAGGAAUCUGAGAAAGAAUCUGAGAAGGAGUCCGACAAGGAAUCAGAGAAGGAGUCGGAGAAGCAAGCUGACAACGAGGCUGAGAGCAGUGGCGAAGAGAGUGCCAAGAAAGACGAUUUGAAGAAAGGUGGUGAAGGUGACCAGCAGGAAAAAGAGGCGAAGAUGGCAAAGGCAAAAGAAGCCAAGGACCCACCGGAAACGCCCACAUCGCAAGCGGCGGCGCAAGCGCAGUGUGAGUACCAGCAGAUCGACGUGGUGAAGCCACUGCCAUGCGCCAAAUCCUUCGAAUAUUUCAAUGUUGAACAUGGUGCCGGAAACCUUUUGUAG